UGGUCGAAUUUGAAAAUAAUUCCUUUUAGUCGUUUUAAAAAUUGCAAAUAAUAUUGUUUAAUAAAAAUAUUAUGGUGUUUAAUGUUGUCGUAUUUUGGAUUGUGUUAAACUGUUAAUGUACCUCGUUUGGAUGCCCAUGAAUUGAUGGUGAAAUUUUGUUCGCGCUCUGACUUUGAUACCAAAUAUCAAUUAGAUUUUUAGUAUCAUGCCGUGGUCCUGGAAAACUGUGAAUCAACUGCACAACGAGGACUUGACUGCCGAUAAGUUUUGGAGCGCUGUAGGUGUGUGGAACAGCAAACCGCAUUUGCUGAUCAAACACUUAAUGGGAGCCGAACAACUUGUUUCCAGUUCAAUAGCCGGUGACUCAAACAAUGUCUUUGAUUUAUUAGCUAAUCAACCAGUCUGUUGGGUGGAAAAUCCACAAGAAACUUAUAAUCGUCUAGGCUUGAAUGUUGGUAAAGAUGUCCAAGUUGAAGUCUGGAAACUGUUGACUAAAAAACCAGUUGAUUGGAAUGAUUAUUUACGUCUAAGUGUUUUUGAUAGAAAAAAUAAUGCUGCUGUGUUUUACGAUUGUUCCCCAAAAAAUGGACACGGGAUGGAUAAAUAUGCUUAUAGUGUUCAAUUUACGGACCAAUUGUUGGAAUUGCAUGUUGCUGUACUAGAAAAUGAAUCCAAAGACCAUCAAAAAACAUUAUAUUGGUUGGCACAUGUAUUUUUUCCAAAGUUUUUCAAAUGGGCUGUUAAUGAUAAAGGGUUUAAACCAGUUGUAUCUUCAUUAUCACAUGUUUGUGUCAAAAUGUACUGUCAAUUGUAUAGUCAGUUGAAAGAAAAAUAUGCUAAAUCAUUAAUGGAUGUUUGGACAGAAGUAACUGACCCCAAAAAGUAUAUACAUAAAGAUAUUGCAACAGCUACGUAUCUGAUAUUAUUGUGGGGAAAUACCAAACAAAAUUUUAUUGAUAUGGGCUGUGGAAAUGGUUUACUUGUGCAUAUACUGAAUAGCGAAGGUUAUAAUGGAAUCGGAUUGGAUGUGAGAUCUCGAAAAAUGUGGGCUCAGUAUCCGCAUUCUACAGUAUUGGAGGUGUCUAAAAUUGAUCCUUCAUCUCCUGAAUGCAAAUUUCCAAAUGUAGAUUGGAUUAUAGGCAAUCAUUCAGAUGAGCUAUCACCUUGGGUACCAGUAAUUGCUUCACGAAGUAAUUAUAGUUGCAAGUUUUUCCUUCUUCCAUGUUGUCCUUUUGAAUUUAAUGGUUCUCGCUAUCAACGCCAAGAUUCAUCCCUCAGUCAAUACCAUGAUUACUUGAAAUAUUUGGAAAAGACAUGCACAAAUGUUUUUAAAUUUAGCAUAAAAAUAGAUCGUCUUCGUAUACCAUCAACAAAACGGACGUGUAUCAUUGGAUGGUCAAAAAAUUAUUUGCCACAAGAAGUGAAUCAAGUGGUGCAAGAUAUUGAAAACUUUGCGCAAUCAAAAUUUGGUGAAAAUGUUCUAUUUGUACCAAGAUCUUCUGAAGAAAGAGUUAGAAACUGUACAAAGUUAGAUAAAGAUUUGGUUAGUAGUGUUGUUGAUUGUGUAGCUAGUGCUUUAAUAAAAAGUGCGGAUGGAUGGGAAUGUCGAAUCACUUUGUCCGAUCUUGCAAAAACAGUAGGUGAAGAACGAUUGAAAAAGUUAAAAAAAGAAUGUGGUGGGUUACAAACCUUGUUAAAGAAUCAUAGGUAUAUAUUUCUAGUAGAGAAAGGAAGCGUUGGAUUUAGAAAACCAGUCAAAAAUAGUGGUAAAAUAUGGAAAAAACAUAAGUGUUGGUUUUAUCAUAAUUAUCCAGAAAAAUGUCCGUUAAACGAAGAUGAAUGUUGUAAUAUACAUUAAUUAGUGAUUAUUAAUUAUGGUAUACUUUGUUAUUUCUAAGUAUCUUAUGAGAUAUUAGUUACAUUUUUCUUACAAAUAAUAUCAUAUAAGAAUUAUAGCUUUCUACAAGCUUAAAUACAUUUUUUAUUCCUAAUAAAAACUUAUUUCUCACUUUUUAUUUAAAAAAAAAUCUUAAAUAUAGCACCCUCAAAAUAAAUAUUUGGAUAU